AUGAAUUAUUCACCGCAAAGUGAUAUUAAUCGACAAGAAAAUAUAUUUGAUUCACCGAAUUUUAUCGAUUUUAUUAACAAAACAUUACAUUCACAAGAAUAUCCUCGACUAGCAACAACAAGAAAAUUAACAAAUAUGAAUGAAAAAAAACGUUUCACAUUAGGAAUAAUUCAAUUAAGUCUUAUUACAUCCGAUAAUCAUUUAACAUUAAAAGUCUUACAAGUCAAAGGUAUUUAUUCAUGUUUAUCAAAUAUUUUUGUUAAAAUGACACUUAUACCUGAUCGAAAACCAUUAGAAUGUCAUACUCGUAUUGUACCAAAUAUAAAUAGUUCAGGAAUAUUUAAUGAAAAAUUUACAUUUGAAAUUAAUGAUGAUGAUAUACAUAAACGUUUAUGUUUUUCUGUAUAUAAUUAUGAACAAGAAAAAAAUCAAAUAAAUUUUCAAGGUUGUUUAUCAUUUGGAAUACGAAAUACAUUAAAAAAACAAAAAAUUCGUGGUUGGUUUUAUUUAUUACCUGAAGAUAUUGGUGAAUUACGUCAUAAACAAGUAUCACAUCAUGAUGAAAAACAAGUAACAAAAAUAAAUCGAGAUAUUGCAGAUCUAAAAGAAUAUCAAAAGCUAAUCUGA